AUGGAGGCACCGGGUGCAAAGUGCUCGAUCAAGUGGUGCCCGAUAGGUCCGGAUGGCCGGCUGGAGUACCCGCCCCUGGAACUGAUGAGGGAGUACGAGGAGCGCCGAAAGCGCGACGAGAUCGAGCGCGCCAGGAUCAUGGUCGAGCUACCCGACAACGUUAUCGGCCUCAAACAGCUACGACGAAAGUACGACCAGGGAGACGUACCGAGGAAAAAGCGGCGCAAGAAAAAACCAUCAAUCGUCGUCGAGCCGGAACAAAACGUGGGAUUCAGGGAGGCAGACAUGCCGAGAACCGUGGAGGAUCAGCUCGACGAGAUGCGACAGUUGUACAGGGAGGAAGCGAAAGAUCGAAACCGGAAGGCAGCAUACGUCCAUUGCCCGACGGCCGUGGUGCUGACGAGGAGCCACGUCUCGGCCAUCGGACCUUACGAUCGGGCCAACCUUCGCGAGGCCGAGAAAUGGAUCCUCGGCAAGCUCCGCAGGCGCAGCGACUUCCGCAAGAGAACGAGGCUCCUGGAGGGCGAAGUGAUCAAGGAGUACGUGCUCGUCAGUCUGAUUGACCGCUUGCUGAGCGAUCCCCCGCGGAGACGGCAGUUACCGAUCCCCCGGCCGAUUUUCGUGAUCCGAGCUCCCGUGCCGUGGCACCAGGCGAAAAUCACAGCAUCGCACUUUAUGGAGCACAACUUGUUCAUCGACAACGCGAUCCACCGCUGCAUCCGGCAGAUCUGGGACGACAGGUACUGCGCGCUGAAAAUCAUCGACGAGGGCGAGAUCGGCAACUUACCGGUCCCGGCGCUCGAGAUCGCCGACCGGGUGCAACGCCUGUGCGCCGCGGCCAGGGAGAGGCUGAUCGGCGAGUGGCUGGCAGAGGUCGCCGAGCUGUUUCUCGAGCGCAAGGACGCCUGGAGCGGGUUGUUCGAAAAAAGCUCCGACGCCUCGACUCUGCUGGUCGAGAAGUAUUUUGCCAGCGUCAACAGCCUACUGUCGAGGCACCUGAGGCUCAUCGUCGUACGGACCGUCGAGCACCUGAGGGACUUUUUCGCGCUAUACGCCGACGGCAACUUCUUCACCGGAGACUACCAAGACCUGACUUUUCUCCGCACGCCCUUCAUGUCGCUCAUUGUCGAGCCGGUCGUCGUCAACAAGGAGCUCCAGUGCAAGCCGUCGGUCAACGAGAUGCGCACAGUCAUGUCCAAAUGCUUCAACGCGAUCAUCCAGGUGGCCUCGGGAAUCCCGGGCAUACAGAACCUCCUGUUUCCCGAGAUCCAAGACAAGACGUUCCUCUUCCCCGUCAGCCGGAAAAUGGGAGACAUCCGCGCGCUGGUCGACGGAGCCCUCGAGGCGAUAGCGGCCAACGCGAGCGGCCCCAAGAUCUACCUGAGGCAGUACGAGCCGUACUUUUACCUGCUGGACGGCACCGCCGAGGCUGAACUGAGGGAGUUUAUGGGCAGCGAGCCGCCGCCCUUCCUGCGCGACUACGGGGCCAAGAUCCAGGGGUACGACGAGCUCAGGCGGGAGAUUUUUCUCUUUCGCGACAGAAUCCCGUUGAACCUGGUCGAGGUCGACUGCAGCCGGUUGAACGAGCGUUUGAGGGAGGUCCUGCUCGGUUUGCGGGGCACCGUGCUCGAUCACUUCUCCGGCCAGAUUCGGACCAUCCACCGGGAGGUUUGCGCCAGCUUCGACGAGAUCGCCGAGCGCAUUUCUGCUAUGCCCGAGGCGACUAGGGACGUGGUGGAGCUGUACAACUACAUGGUGGAGAGCCGGGACUCGAGCAUGUACAGUCUGCGCUCGCAGCUGGCGGAGAGCUCGUCGUACCUGGUGUUUCUGGCCGAGUGUAGGUCGGUGCUGGCCGACGAGGACAUUCAGCUGAACUCGCGCGCCCUCACCUGGCCCCGGGACAUGGAGACGGUCAUGGAGUUGGCCGGCGUUAGGCUCGGCAUGAGGAAGGAGUUUGUCGAAGGCGUCCUCAAGGAGCGCCGCAAGGCCUUUGACGCCAAGAUUGUCGAGGUGCGCGCCAAGAUCGAGGUGUUCAAGAGGAAGGACCCACCCGUUGUCACCAUGGACGAGAUGGUCAACUCGGCCCACGAGAUCGAACUCAUUUCUCGAGAGAUGAAGGAGAUCGAAGUCGAGGCCGAGGAGAUAAACGUCGAGGAGUCGCUGCUCGACCUCGAGGUCAGCCCGUACCUGAGCCUCCCGACGAUGUCGUCGACCGUGACCACGUUCGACCAGCUCUGGCACACGGUCCUCGAGUUCCACAGGAGCUACGAGCGCUGGAUGUACGGGCCCUUCCGUGACCUGGACGCCGACGAGGUUCGCGAGCAGACCGAGGCCAUUUGGAAGGUCCUCUACAAGCUGUCGCGCACCCUCAUGGAGAUACCGGCGGCAAGGCGCAUAGCCGAGAUGACGAGGGGCAAGGUCGACAAGUUCAAGCAGUUCCUUGGGCUCCUGCAGAGCAUCUGUAAUCCCGGCCUGAAGCCGAGGCACUGGCUCAAGAUCAGCGAGAUGGCCGGGGUCACCAUUAGCCCCCAGCCGAACAGUAGCCUCUCCCAGAUGAUAGAGCACGGCCUUCUCGUGUACGCGCCCAAACUCGAGGAAAUAUCCUCGGGGGCCUCGAAGGAGCACACCUUGGAGAGCAACUUGCGUCACAUGCAGCAGGAUUGGCUCGAGGUGAGCUUCGAGCUGAGCCCCUACCGGGACACCGGGGUCAGCAUACUCGCGGCCGUGGACGACACCCAGGUGCUCUUGGACGACCACAUACUCAAGGCCCAGACUAUGAGGGGAUCGCCCUUCGUCAAGCCCUUCGAGGCGGAGAUGCAAGCCUGGGAGGAAAAGCUCAUCACCAUGCAAGACAUCAUUGACCAGUGGUUGGUGUGCCAGGCCACUUGGAUGUACCUGGAGCCGAUCUUCAGCAGCGAGGACAUCAUGAGACAGAUGCCCACCGAGGCCAAGAACUUUCGUAUUGUCGACCAAACGUGGAGGGCCAUCAUGGAGUACGUGACGAAGGACAUGAGGGUGCUCAGAGCCACCGACAUGCCGGAGAUGCUCGGCAAGUUCAGGGAGUGCAACGCCCUGCUCGAGGACAUACAAAAGGGCCUCAACGACUACCUCGAGAAGAAACGACUCUUCUUCCCUAGAUUUUUCUUCCUGUCGAACGACGAGCUCCUGGAAAUCCUCUCCGAGACGAAGGACGCCCAGCGGGUCCAGCCGCACUUGAAAAAGUGCUUCGAGGGCAUACAGAGCCUGCGCUUCGCCAAAGAGGACGAGAUAGUGGGUAUGCUGUCGGAGGAGGAGGAGUACGUGCCGUUUAGCGGGAAGAUAAACCCGGGCGACGCCAAGGGCCUGGUCGAGAAGUGGCUCGCGCAAAUCGAGGAUCUGAUGAAGGCCUCGCUGCGAGACAUAGCCCAGGACAGCGUGAUCGCGUACUUUACGGCCAAGCGCGUCGAAUGGGUGGUCCAGUGGCCGGGCCAGAUAGUCCUGUGCGCCAGUCAGAUCCACUGGACGAGCGAGGUGUGCGAGUCAUUUGAGGACCGAUCGACCGAGGCCUACCUGGCCAAGUGCUCGGCGCAGAUCGACGAGACCGUGGCACUGGUGCGCGGAAAACUGGACCCCGGCGCCAGGAUCACCCUGAACGCUCUCAUCGUCAUUGACGUGCACGCUCGCGACGUCCUGAAACUGCUCGUCGAGAGGCGCGUCAGUGACGUUACCGAUUUCAACUGGAUAGCCCAGCUGAGGUACUACUGGCUGGAGGGCAACGUGACGGUGUCGAUGAUAACGACGGACGUGGAGUACGGGUUCGAGUACCUGGGCAACAGUCCCCGACUGGUGAUAACACCGCUGACGGAUCGUUGCUACCGCACCCUCAUGGGGGCGCUGAAACUAAACUUGGGCGGCGCGCCGGAGGGGCCGGCCGGCACCGGGAAAACCGAGACGUCCAAGGACCUCGCCAAGGCCCUGGCCAAGCAGUGCGUCGUUUUCAACUGCUCCGAAGGUCUCGAUUACGCGGCCAUGAGCAAAUUCUUCAAGGGCCUCGCCCAAUCCGGUGCCUGGGCCUGCUUCGACGAGUUCAACCGCAUCGAGCUCGAGGUUUUGUCCGUCAUCGCCCAGCAGAUACUCUCCAUUCAGUUUUCUAUAGCCCAACGCCUGGAGCGCUUCAUGUUCGAGGGAACGGAGAUUAAGCUCAACCCCACGUGCAACGUCAUCAUUACGAUGAACCCUGGCUACGCGGGCAGGCAGGAGCUCCCGGACAACCUGAAGGUGCUCUUCAGGACUGUCGCAAUGAUGGUGCCCUCGUAUCGACAGAUAGGAGAAAUAACGCUCUACUCGUACGGAUUCGUCGACGCCGAAGCACUCGCCGACAAGAUCGUGCACACGUACAAGCUGUGCUCCGAGCAGUUGAGUUCGCAGAGCCACUACGAUUACGGCAUGCGGGCGGUUAAGACGGUCCUGGUGGCCGCGGGCAACUUGAAGCUCAAGUACAACAACGAAAACGAAUCGAUACUCGUACUGCGCGCCAUCAUCGACGUCAAUGUCCCGAAAUUCUUGUCCCAGGACCUACCCCUGUUCGAGGGUAUUUACAGCGACCUAUUUCCGGGGGUCAAAUUGCCCAGCCCCGACAGAGACGAGCUGCUGCACUGGAUAAAGGUCCACCUGGAGAAGAGAAAUUUGCAAGCCACGCCCUGGUACUUGGACAAAAUCAUACAGAUCUACGAGAUGAUACUCGUGAGGCACGGCUUGAUGAUCGUCGGGGACACUCUGUCUGGCAAGACCCAGGCCUACCAGGCUCUGGCCGACGCCCUUACCGAUCUGUCUGCCGUCCGCGGAGCCUCGAUCAAGGAGAUGCGCGUGGCUUACAGGGUGAUAAACCCAAAGGCCAUAACCCUGGGCCGGAUGUACGGCAACUUCGAUCCCGUGUCCCACGAGUGGAGCGACGGCGUUUUGGCGACGACGUUUCGCGAGUUUGCCCAGUCGACCUCCCGGGAGCGCAAGUGGAUAAUCUUCGACGGGCCGGUGGACGCCAUAUGGAUCGAGAACAUGAACACAGUGCUCGACGACAACAAAAAGCUCUGCCUCAUGUCCGGCGAGAUCAUCCAAAUGUCCCAGCGCAUGAACAUGAUGUUCGAGCCCGCCGAUCUCGAGCACGCCUCCCCCGCCACCGUCAGCCGAUGCGGUAUGAUCUACAUGGAGCCGGCCCAGUUGGGUUGGCCGGCCUUUUUCGAGUCGUACCGGGCCAAGAUAGCGGACAGACUCUUGCCAGAUCAGCUCGAGGUUUUCGGGGACAUUAUCGAGUGGCUCGUCCAGCCCAUGUUCGACUUUGUGAAACACCGCUGCCGAACCUUUGUCGAAAUCGGCGAGCUCCACAUGUUUGUGACCUUCACGAGGCUGAUGGACACGCUGCUCGAGCAGGAGUCGAAAGUGAGCACGCAGUGGCUCCAGUGCACCCUUCUGUUCAGCAUAGUCUGGGGUAUCUGUUCGACCUUGUUGAGCGACAGCCGGGCGCUGAUGGACGAGUUCUUGCGGAAGAUACUGGUAGGCGACGACGAGGAUCACCCGAAGCCGAAAUCGUUCAAACUGACGAAGCAGCAGCUGUUCCCCGACCGCAACACCAUCUUCGACUGGGUCUACGACAAGCGGAACAACGGCACGUGGAUCUCGUGGAUGGACACGAUGGCUCAGACGCCACUUCCAGCGAACGCAAAGAUGAGCGAGUUGAUCGUGCAAACGAACGACAUGUCGAUUCAGCGUUACUUCUUGUCGCUGCUCCUCGAUAAUUCGGUGCCUUUGUUGUUCGUUGGCCCAACCGGUACCGGGAAAUCGACCGUAGUUCUCAACUACAUGCUGAGCCUCAACAAGGACAAAUACUUGCAGAACGUGCUGAACUUUAGCGCGAGAACGAGCGCGGCCCAGACCCAGGAGAUCGUCAUGUCGAAGCUCGACAGGCGGAGGAAGGGCGUUUACGGGCCCACCAUGGGCAAAAAGUGCGUCAUGUUCGUGGACGAUCUGAGCAUGCCGCAAACGGAGACUUACGGGGCUCAGCCGCCGAUCGAGCUGCUGCGCCAGUGGAUCGAUCACGGGCACUGGUACGACUUGAAGGACACGAGUAUGCUGCAGCUGGUGGACAUUCGGUUCGUCGCGGCCAUGCUACCACCCGGGGGUGCUUCGAACAAACUGACGCCCCGGCUGACGCGACACAUGGUCGUGAUCGGUAUCGAUUCCUUCGACGACUCCACCAUGACGAGGAUAUUUGGCACCAUACUCGAGUGGCACUUUGCUCGGGGUUUCGAUGCCAGCGUCACCAGACUGGGCAAGAUGAUCUUGGCAGCGACAACGGAGGUUUAUCGCAAGGCGAUCGACACGUUCCUGCCGAUCCCCAGCAAAAGCCACUACUGCUUCAAUUUGCGCGACUACACGCGCGUCAUGAGCGGCGUACUAUUGGUGCCCGCCUCGAGAAUGAAAGACCCGGACAAGCUCGUUCGUCUGUGGAUCCACGAAAUCUACCGGGUCUUCCACGAUCGGCUCGUCGACGAGGACGAUCGCGAGCAACUGUUCUCGAUGGUCAAAAACGCGACUUACGAGCACCUCCGUCAGCCCCUCGACAAAGUGCUGAACCACCUGCUCAGCCAGGACAGCCCUGCGAUCGGCAGGGCUCACAUGGGUGACCUACUGUUUGGCAAUUUUAUGGAGCCCGACGCCGAUCCCAAGAUCUACGACGAGAUCUUGGACUUUGAGGAUUUGAAGGAAAAAAUGGAGUUCUAUCUGUCCGAGUACAACAGCCUGUCAAAGACCCCGAUGUCCCUGGUGCUGUUCCGAUACGCGAUAGAGCACGUGUCGCGCGUCUCCCGUGUCCUCCAGCAGGACAACGGGCACGCGUUGCUGGUCGGGGUCGGAGGGUCGGGUCGGAGCUCCUGCGCUAAAUUGGCGGCGAGCAUGUGCGACUACGCGCUCUAUACCAUCGAGAUGACGAGGAGCUACGGGCUGAGCGAGUGGCGGGACGACUUGAAGAAUCUGCUGCGUCGGGCGGGUUGCGACGGGAAGCCGACCGUGUUUCUCCUCAGCGACAGUCAAAUAAAGGACGAGUCGUUCUUGGAGGACCUGAGCAUGCUGCUCAACACGGGGGACGUACCGAACUUGUACGGCUCGGAGGACAAGGCCGAGAUACUCGAUAAGAUGGCCGAGGUCGCCAGGGAGAUUCAGAUCAAGUCCCAGACGCCAGGUCGGGGAACCGAGACAAGUCCCAUGGCCCUGUACGGCAUAUUCUCGGAGCGCGUUCGCAAGAACGUCCACGCGGUGGUGUGCAUGUCGCCGAUCGGCGAGGCCUUCCGCGUCCGGCUGCGCAUGUUCCCGUCCCUGAUAAACUGCUGCACCAUAGACUGGUACACCUCGUGGCCCGAGGAGGCCCUAGAGCGCGUGGCCGAGCGCUUCCUCGCCUCCCUGGCCAUCGACAACGAGACCAAGACCAAGUGCGUCGCCCUGUGCCAGCACUUACACACGAGCGUCAGCCGAGCCAGCGAAGACUACUUCCGCAGCCAACACCGAAGGAACUACGUCACCCCGACCAGUUACCUCGAGCUCAUAAAGUGCCUGCGCAAGUUCCACGGCCAGAAGGUCGACGGCAUCCGGAAACAACAGACCCGCUACGAGGUCGGCCUCGAGAAGCUCGACUUUGCCGCCGGCCAGGUGUUCAUCAUGCAAGAGGAGCUCCAGGCCCUCCAGCCGAAGCUCGUCAAGCAGUCGCAGCUCAGCGACAAGCUCAUGAUCAAGAUCGAGCAGGACACCAUAAACGUCGAGGCCAAAAAGGAGGUGGUGGCCGCCGACGAGGCCCUGGCCAACGAAGCCGCGGCCGCGGCCCAGGCCAUCAAGGACGACUGCGAAAGCGACCUCGCCGAGGCCACCCCAGCCCUGGAGGCUGCCCUGGCCGCCCUGGACACGCUUAAACCGGCCGACGUGACCAUCGUCAAGUCGAUGAAGAACCCACCUCCCGGGGUGCGGCUCGUCCUCGAGGCCGUCUGUGUCCUCAAGGGCGUCAAACCCGACCGGGUCCCCGACCCCAACACCGGUGCCAUGGUGGAGGACUACUGGCCGCCCUCGGUGCGCAUGCUCGGGGACAUAAAGUUCCUGGAGAACCUGAAGGAGUUCGACAAGGACAGCAUACCGGCCGGCAACAUGCGGCGCAUCAGGGACAAGUUCAUAAAGGACCGGGGCUUCCAGCCGGAGGUCGUGAAGAAGGUGUCGACCGCCUGCGAGGGCCUGUGCAAGUGGGUCCGGGCCAUGGAGGUGUACGACCGGGUGAUCAAGGUCGUGGCACCGAAGAAGGCGAUGCUAGCCGAGGCGGAGGCCGAACUGGCGGCCCAGAUGGAGACCCUCAACUCUAAGAGGGCCCUGCUCCAGGAGGUCUCGGAUAAGCUGCAGCAGCUGAACGACGAGUUCGCCGAGUGCAUGCGCGAGAAGAAGAAGCUCGAGGACCAGAUCGAGCUGUGCGUGCAAAAGCUGGAGCGGGCGGAGAAGCUGCUGGGCGGCCUGGGCGGGGAGAAGACGCGCUGGGGCGAGACGGCGGUGGCGCUCGGGGAGAGCUUGGGGAACGUCAUCGGGGAUAUACUGCUGGCCUCGGGUGUGGUGGCCUACCUGGGAGCCUUCACCGUCCUCUACCGGGACUCGCUGGUGCGGGAUUGGCACGAGGCGUGCCAGACGGCUGGGGUCCCCUGCAGCCCGCCGCCCUUUGCUCUCGCCGAUGUGCUGGGCGACCCCGUCCUGAUUCGAUCGUGGAUGAUCCAUGGACUGCCGGCCGACAAGUUCUCUGUGGAGAACGGGAUAAUCGUGACGGCCGCCGAUCGUUGGCCUCUGAUGAUAGACCCGCAGGUGCAGGCCAACAAGUGGAUCAAGAGUCUGGAGCGGGAUAACGGCUUGUCGGUGAUAAAACUCUCGGACCCCAACUACACCCGGGUCAUCGAAACUUCGGUGCAGCUCGGGCUGCCCGUCCUGCUCGAGAACAUCAUGGAGGAAGUGGACGCGAUCCUCGAGCCGAUCCUCUUGAAAAACCUGUUCAUCCAGCGAGGCGUGCUCUGCAUCAAGUUCGCGGAGAACGUGCUCGAGUACAACCAGGACUUUCGAUUCUACAUGACGACCCGGCUGCGCAACCCCCACUACCUGCCCGAGCUCGCGGUCAAGGUCAGCCUGUUGAACUUUACGAUAACGCCCCAGGGGCUGCAGGACCAACUGCUCGGUAUCGUCGUGGCCAAGGAGCUGCCCGCCCUCGAGGAGAAGAAGAACCAGCUGAUUGUCGAGAGCGCCAACAACAAGCGCAUCCUCAAGGAAGUCGAGGACAAGAUCCUCGAGGUCCUCUCGAGCUCCGAGGGCAACAUCCUCGAGGACGAGACGGCCAUCAAGAUCCUGUCGUCAUCGAAGAUCCUCUCCGAGGACAUUCGCGCCAAGCAAGAAGUGGCCGUAGAAACGUCCAUGGACAUUGACCGUGCCCGCGACGGCUACAAGCCCGUCUCCCAACACGCCUCGACCCUCUUCUUCUGCAUCUCCGAGCUGGCCAACAUAGAUCCCAUGUACCAGUACUCCCUGCCCUGGUUCGUCCGGCUCUUCACCCUCGUCAUCGAGGACAAGAAGCAAGCCAAGCGAACCGAUCGAGCCAACUUUGACCUCCAGCUGCGCAUCGACACCCUCAACGCCAUGUUCACGGCCACCAUGUACAGAAACGUCUGCCGCUCGCUCUUCGAGAAGCACAAGCUCAUAUUCUCUCUGAUCCUGUGCGUGGGUAUUUUGAGAGGAAAGGACGAUCUCGAGGAGGAGCAGUGGAUAUUCUUGCUGACCGGUGGAGUGGCCCUCGACAACCCGUACCCCAAUCCAGAUCCAUCCUGGCUGUCGGACAAAGCUUGGUCGGAGGUCGCGCGGUCUAGUUCCCUCAAGGGCCUCGAACCUCUUCGGUCGUCUUUCGAGGACAACAUCCGUGCCUGGAAGGACUACUACGACCUGACGAACCCCCACGAGAGUCCCCUGCCGGAACCUUUCGAGGGUGAGUCGCGGGCUAGCUUGAAAAGACUCGUCGUGCUCCGGUGCGUUAGGCCCGAUAAGCUCGUCCCGGCCAUUCGCAACUUUAUCAUCGAAAAGAUGGGCCAGACUUUCGUCGAACCGCCGCCCUUUGAGCUCCAGGACUCGUACGACGACUCCGACAACGUGACGCCGCUGAUUUUCAUCCUGUCCCCGGGUUCCGACCCGAUGAGCAGUUUGUUCAAGUUCGCGGACGACAUCGGCAUGUCGGCCAAGAACCUCAAGUCCAUAUCGCUGGGCCAGGGUCAGGGUCCCAUAGCCGCGGAAGCCAUAAACCGCGCCCUGGAGACCGGCGAGUGGCUCGUCUUGCAAAACUGCCACCUGGCCGAAUCUUGGAUGCGAGAGCUCGAUCGCAUCUGCGACGAGGUCAUCGUCCCCGCCAGCACCCACCCCAAGUUUCGGCUUUGGCUCACGAGCUAUCCGUCCAAGGCCUUUCCGGUGUCGAUCCUGCAAAAUGCCGUCAAGAUGACCAACGAGCCGCCCGAGGGUCUCAGGAACAACCUCUUGCGCAGCUACGCCAGCGAUCCCAUUUCCGAUCCUGCUUUCUUCAACGGCUGCCACAAGCUAACUGAGUGGCGGAGUCUCUUGUUUUCCCUCUGUCUCUUCCACGGGGUGGUGCAGGAGCGCAGGAACUUCGGAGCCCUCGGCUGGAACAUCAGCUACGAGUUCAACGAGUCGGAUCUGCGGAUAAGCCUCAUGCAGCUGCAGAUGUUCCUCAACGAGUACACCGAGGUGCCGUUCGAGGCGCUCCUGUACCUCAUCGGCGAGUGCAACUACGGUGGCCGGGUGACCGACGACAAGGACCGCAGGCUGUUGAACUCGCUCCUGAAACGAUACAUAAGCCCCGAGGUCGUCUCCCAGAAGGACUACGCGUUCUCACCCAGUGGGAUAUACCACCUGCCCGAAAACACGAGCUACCAGGGCUGUAUGAGCUACAUCAGGAGCCUACCCCUGAGCCAAUUGCCCGAGGUCUUUGGGCUACAUCAAAACGCGGACAUUACCAAAGACAACAGAGAAUCCAUGCAACUGCUCUCCGGUGCCCUCCUGGCUCAAUCUCAAUUAGGUGGGGAGUCCGAGGCGGAGAUGAGCAGCGAGAGCAUGGUGUUCGAGCUGGCGACCGAGAUCCUGCAAAAGAUGCCAAAGCAGUUCGAUUGCGAGGCAAUCGAGGACAAGUAUCCCGUGUUGUACGAGAACAGCAUGAACACAGUGCUCCGCCAGGAGGUUAUACGCUUCAACCGGCUGACCGGGGUGAUCAAGGGAAGCCUGGUGAACGUGAAGAAGGCGAUAAAGGGCCAGAUCGUCAUGUCCUCGGACCUGGAAGAGAUAUUCAACAGCAUGUGCGUGGGAAGGGUGCCGGAGGCUUGGGCCAAAAAGUCGUACCCCACCCUCAAGCCACUCAGCAGCUACAUCAACGAUCUGCUCCAGAGGAUCGGCUUCCUCCAGGAUUGGAUCGACAACAACGUGCCGGCUGUCUUCUGGCUGUCGGGCUUUUUCUUCACCCAGUCCUUCUUGACCGGGGUUUUGCAGAACUACGCGAGGAAGCACACCAUACCCAUCGACCACUUGGAUUUCGAGUUCGAGAUCACUGGAUACGACUCGUCAGAAGAGAUAGACGCGGCACCGGUACACGGGGUGUACGUGAACGGCCUGUACGUACAGGGGGCCAGGUGGAACCGGGAGACAAUGGAGUUGGACGAGUCGUUGCCGAAAAUCAUGUUCGACACGGUGCCGGUGAUUUGGCUGAAGCCGGGGAUAAAGGCGGACUUUGUUCCCGCGCCGGUGUACCAUUCGCCGUUGUACAAGACUAGCGAGAGACGUGGUGUUUUGGCGACUACGGGACACUCCUCGAACUUCGUUAUGUUCGUGUUGCUGCCGAGCUCGCUCGAUCAGUCGCACUGGAUCGACAGGGGCGUUGCCUGUCUCUGCCAGUUGGACGAUUGA